AUGGGAGGCUUACAAAAGAAAAAGUUUGAGAGUGGCUCUGCCACAAACUAUAUCACCAGAAACAAAGCUCGCAAGAAGUUGCAGCUAAGCCUCCCAGAUUUCAGGCGACUCUGCAUUCUGAAAGGCAUUUACCCUCACGAACCAAAGCACAAGAAGAAAGUGAACAAGGGGUCCACUGCUCCUAGAACCUUUUACCUUCUCAAAGACAUUCGCUUCCUUCUGCAUGAGCCAAUCGUUGGGAAAUUCAGAGAGUAUAAGAUAUUUGUCCGCAAACUUAAAAAAGCUUAUGGAAAAACAGAAUAUUCUGCUGUGCAAAGACUCAAGGAGAACAAGCCAACAUAUAAAUUGGACCACAUUGUCAAAGAGAGGUAUCCUACGUUCAUUGAUGCUCUCCGGGAUAUUGAAGAUGCACUCUGUAUGUGCUUCCUCUUCUCCACAUUUGCUCGAACAGGAAAAUGUCACGUGCAAACCAUACAGCUUUGUCGUCGCCUUACUGUGGAGUGGAUGAACUUCAUCAUAACCUCUCGUGCCCUUAGAAAGGUUUUCAUCUCUAUCAAGGGAAUAUAUUACCAGGCCGAGGUGAUGGGGCAGUUAAUUACAUGGCUAGUGCCAUAUCAAUUCUCCCAUGACCACCCUACCGACGUUGACUACAGAGUCAUGGCAACUUUCACAGAGUUCUACACAACUCUCAUGGGCUUCAUCAACUUCCGUCUCUACCAUUCCCUCAAUCUGGUUUACCCACCAAAGAUUGACAGUAAAGCAGAGCAGGAGCUAAAGGACAAAAAUGAGGAGGACUAUGCUUUGGAUUCAGAAAGCUAUUUGGAGAAACUCUCUGCCUUGAGUGCAAGUUUGGCCCGGGUCGUUUCUUCUACAGAGGAAGAAGAAGCUCAAUUGGACCACUUUCCUGUUGACGAGGAAGACAUGGAACAGAUGGAAGAAAGAGAAAAAGAGCAGAAGCAACAGGAAGCCCACAAAAAGAUAUUUGAGGGCUUGAAGUUUUUCCUCAACAGAGAAGUACCCAGAGAGUCUCUGGCAUUUGUCAUCAGGUGUUUUGGUGGUGUGGUGUCCUGGGACAGCUCUGUAUGCAUUGGAAGCACAUAUGAUGUGACUGACGAGACUAUCACACAUCAGAUUGUUGACAGACCAAGUGUUGCCACGCAGUACAUCAACAGGUACUACAUCCAGCCCCAGUGGGUGUACGACUGUGUCAAUGCCAAAAUACUCCUUCCUGUGGAGGACUAUUUCAUGGGAGUCACUCUUCCACCUCACCUAUCUCCAUUUGUGGUGGAGCAGGAGGGAGACUAUGUGCCUCCAGAAAAACUUAAGAUAAUGGCGUUGCAAAGGGGAGAGAAUCUUGCCCAACAGAAUGAGGAAGAGGAGAGUGAAGAAGACGAGGAUGAAGAAGAGGAAGCUGAGGAGGAAGACAAGGUAGAAGAAAAUAAACUGAAGAAGAUGGAGCAGCAAAGAUCCCAUCCCAAGGUUUAUCAAAUUCACAUUAAAAAGGUCAAAGUGACCCCUGGAAAGUUGAAAGUGGAAGAUCCAGUUCAGCGAGAGCAACAGCAGAAAGCAGAGGAGAAGCGACUGGCCAUCAUGAUGAUGAAGAAGAAAGACAAGUAUCUCUACGACAAGAUCAUGUUCGGAAAGAAGAGAAAAGUCCGAGAGGCUAACAAGCUGGCUGCCAAGAGGAAAGCUCACGAUGACAUUGAAAAGGCAAAGAAGAAAAAGCCCCGAAAAUGA